AAUAGUCAGAUUAAAGAACUAAGACUUAAUGUCACGUCAAUCGUCAUUUAUAAUAAUUCAAAGUUGGAUAAUUUUAUUCACUAAAAGUACAUAAGACCUGAAUUAAACAAUUAUAUUUAAGUUGUGUUGUAAAAUCAGUGUAAUUUAUAGUUUUAUAAGGAUUUUUUUGGGAUCAUCUAGGCCACAAUUAUGAGUAUAAUUAAUCGCAGAAAUGAUUCUCGUGCGCCACUGGUUCAAGAUAUACAAUCGACUGAUAACUCGAAAAAUAAGGGAUUAUCAACAUCAAAGGCUCUUAUUUUAGUUGUUAUAAUAUUUGUCCUAUCACUAACAGCUUUAGGUCUUUUGUAUUCCCAAUUUCCCAAAUUAGAAGAACAUGAAAAACAACAUAUAAAGUUACCUUGGGAUCUAGAAGAUGCUAAACAGCUAGGUCUUGUAUUAGACAGGUACAAGGAGAAGUAUUUUUAUGAAGUAUUACUUGGAGUAUUUUUAGUUUAUAUAUUUUUGCAAACAUUUGCAAUUCCGGGUUCAAUAUUCCUGAGUAUACUCUCAGGAUUUUUAUUUCCUUUUUAUUUAGCUUUACUUUUAGUAUGUUGCUGUUCAGCACUUGGAGCAAGUUUAUGUUUCUUUCUAUCAAAUCUUUUGGGGAAAAAAUUAGUUAGAAAAUUCUUCCCAGAAAGAGCGGCACAAUGGUCAAAGGCUGUGACAAAACACAAAAAUAACUUGCUCAACUAUAUUAUAUUUUUGAGGGUGACUCCAUUUUUACCAAAUUGGUUUAUUAAUAUGUCAGCACCAGUUAUUGGUGUGCCUCUUGUGCCAUUUGCUUUGGGGACGUUCAUUGGAGUGGCUCCUCCAUCAUUUGUAGCAAUACAAGCUGGACAAACACUACAUACAUUGACGUCUACGAGUGAUGCUUGGUCCUGGACUUCGAUCACUAUUCUCAGCAUUUUUGCACUCAUCUCUCUAGUACCUGUGUUACUUAAACAGAAGCUCAGAGAAAAGUUUGAAUGAAUUUAUUUAUAUUUAGCUAAUUUAUACUAGAAAAUUUUAUAUAUAAGGUAAAAUAAAAGGUGUUUCAGUGUAACAUUCCAA